AUGAUGGAGACUGCAGAACCCGUAUCUUACGAGUUCCCUAGCCAUGCCGUGGGGCCAUUUACACACAGGCGUCCGAUGGACUCGAGCUUGAGCCAGAACUUCCCCUUCUAUUCACAUCAAACAGCGGCACCAUACUCGCUGCCUUACCAAGCCCCGAGUAACUUGCCUUACACCUUCGGGCACUCCGUGGGCCACACACAUGCACCCUCCAAUUCAUAUCAGCCGUACUUUGUCCCCAGUCAGCACCCGAUACAGCCGCAGCCACUACGCAUCACAGCGGAACAACCGCUACAAUCUCUUCCAGAGAUUCGCCCGGCAAAGAACGCCAUCAGCCAGGCAGCAAAAGCUAUUCCCGAUCAUGGCCCGCGAAUACAGCCCUUGACUAGCCACAGUCCCCUUGGCGGAACAACACGCGAGACGAAGCAAACCCCGGCUGACAUCGCUUUCUCGACCAACGUGGAUGUUCUGAUGAAGGCAAUCCAGGCCAAACACGCUGCGUCAUUAAACCAACAGUCGUUGCCACCACUCCAACACCUGCCCCCGCCAGCAUCACAGGCCUAUCCCACAUCCUACGCAGUUGCAUCACCCACACCACCGCGCUACCACUCAGCAAACGAAGGCCAACUAUCGCGUUCAGGCAAAAGGCGCAAAUAUAACUGCAAUCUCCCAGGCUGUGGCAAGAGCUUCGCUCAGAAGACCCACCUGGAUAUACACAUCAGGGCACAUACAGGCGACAAGCCAUUCGUCUGCAAGGAGCCCUCGUGCGGGCAACGCUUCUCGCAGCAAGGCAACCUCAAGACGCAUCAGCGCCGGCACACGGGCGAGAAGCCCUUCCAGUGUGAAAUCUGCCAGAAACGAUUCGCCCAACGAGGCAAUGUCCGUGCUCAUAAGCUCACCCAUGAUCAAUCCAAGAGGUUUGAUUGUCGCCUAGAUGAAUGCGGCAAACAGUUCACGCAGCUAGGCAAUCUUAAGUCUCACCAAAACAAAUUCCACGCGGCAACACUGCAUAGCCUGACAGUCCGCUUUUCACAAAUCGGCGAAAGUGGGCCGAUGAACAUGAGCACAGCAGACCGCGAGCUGUGGAUAUACUUCGCCGGACUAUAUAAGAACAGCAACAAGGGCAUCAAGGGUCGUGGCAAAGACCGGCGGAUCUCGACGACGAAGCGGUCUGAUGCGCAGAGUAGCUGCGACUCGAUGGGUCGAAUACAGUCUGUGGAGUCCGAAGAGGGCGCCCCGAAGAUGCAGAUGCGCCGCGGGAGCUUCGAGGAUGGCUUCUCUGCCUAUAACGCCUCUAGCAGCGAUGGCGAUGAUGGAGAGCCAUAUUAUAUUGACCGCAGGGCUCAUCUCCAUGGGCCUUGA